AUGGCAGCUCGGAAGUGGAAGAGUUUGGCCACAGGUCGGCGGACUAUCGACCUUGAAGACGAAGUCUCCGAACCAGGACCAAGUGGAUCCCAGGGAUCUCAAGGCCCCGGGAAGGAAGCUUCGGCAGCCCGAAGAAGAAGCCCCGCCAUGCAACCGUUCUACACAGGCAGGCCUUCACAGCAGAAGGCAGGACUUUCCGACAGAGGGCAAGCCUCUCCGAAGAAAGAUGCAUCACCUUCGCAGGCCAAGGCCAGCAAAGCUGGAGCCAGGAGCCAACCGAGGAACAGUAAGCCGGCCAGGACGGCAAGGAAAGUUGCAGCCUCCAAGGAGCUCGUGGAGAGCAAGUCUUCCUGUCGCAGUCGGCAGGCCCGCUUGAGGCCCCAGGGCACGAAACAAGCAAGGAAGCGCAAGGCCUCCGCGCCACGAAGCCAAGAAGUCAAAAGGAAGAGGCCACUCUCCGUGGACAGUCCAGAAGAGAGGCCUCAGAAGAUUCGGAGGAAGCGUUCGAGGCUAGCUGUCGACAGGAAGGACAGCCAGAAGACCAAGCAGGACAAGCCUAAGAAUCCUGCAUCGGGAGCUCCAGGAGGCUCCCGGUCCAGGAAGAGCCAGGGACAGGCGAAGCCUGCCUGCAGCCGAAAGCCUCGUUUGCGGCUUGUUCGCCAAGCCAAAAGGGGGCAGAACGAGCAAGGGCUAGACAAGGAGGAGGCCAAAGAGUUCAAGAUACAGGAGGAGCAGCUUCUGGAUCGAGGAGAUCAAGAGUUUGUGUGCCGCAUUUGCCUGCACCUGGUGGGCCGCGGCCCUCGGCUGACGAGCUGUCAGCAUCUCUUCUGCGGGGACUGCAUUGAGCAUUGGGUCGGGAAAAAGCGAGGAGGUGCUCCAUGCCCCGCCUGCAACACUGUGUUGCACAAGGAGGAUCUGUGGCCCCUGAAGAGCGGCAAACGUGAGCUUCUUCUCAGAAUGCUGCACAAGCUGCAGGUUGUUUGCGAGAACAACUGCAAAGUGCGAGGUCCCACCGGACAGUGCAACUGGACGGGUGAAUACAGUGAGUAUCAGAAGCAUAGAGCAAGCUGCCAGAACCUUCAAAGCGCAGAGGGCCCAGCUUCAGAUUCACAACAUGAACCCGCUUCCUCGAGCACUGCUCUGGCAGAUUUGCAGCCAGAAGCUCCAGACAACACUCAGCAGCAGCCUCCGCAGAUGCAUGUCCGCUUCAAGCAAGGAGAUCAGUGGUGCAGCCCUGAGGUUGUGCUGCGUGCGCCCCCGUUGGGGUCUAUGAACCCCCUGGAAGGUGGGCCUUUCCGGAUGCAAGUCACUUUCCAGCCUGCAAGGGCAGAGCCGAAGCGUGCGAAGCGGUCCCCCUUGCAGUUAAGCCCAACCAAGGGCAGCAAGAAGCCCAGGUCCGACCUGGGCCACAGCAUCGGUGCCGCUGUGUGCGGCCGCAUGCGCUGCAGGAUCGGAUUGCUGCAGCGACCUGACCUUCCUCGUUUGCCUACAGCCUUCCAGGCGUUGACAGAUUUUCCGUUUCCCGAUGAUGGCCGAAGCUUGCUGGCCUCUCUGGCUUUUGCAGACCUCGCUGUGCUGCGGGCGGCUUCAAGGGCUUCCAACAUGGCCGUGUACCACGAGACGUGGCAGCGGUGCCAGGACUACGCCUACGUGCCGGGACACUUUGACUCCAGGUCUGCAAAGAGGACUCGGUCAGGGCGGGUGCUGGUUACGCCUGCGAAGGAAGUUUCUGAGCGCCUGUUAAGAUUUCUCCAAAACCCGCUGCAUGCUGGCAUGUUUGAGAUGCUGGACUUGCGCCAUGCGCCCAUCAUGGCGCUUGAGUCUUCUGGCUUCUGUCAGGCAUUGACAAGGAUGCCCCGCUUGCAACAUGUCAUCUUGCCAUUCGAAGGAUGGAGCACGCCCCAGGCAAGAGGCCGCUUCAAGGAUCUACCUAUUGCCUGGUACACGCCCAGGAAAGAGCUAAUGGGAGCACCGAAGCCCGUCGUGUACUCCACGCUUGCAUAG